GUUUAUAUCAUGUGACUAAUUGCGGAAGGGUAGACAGGUCUGAUUUGGUGGUCCUCUCUUGUUGUGAUGUUCUUAGUUGCUGAGCACUUCAACUGUUGACUUACAACCCCAGCUGAACAGCAUGAACUCCAGUGUUACGUCAGUUUGCAGAUUUUGAAUUUAAGGAUGCACUUAGCGGAUCACUGAGAAAGAAUGGAGGAAUUUCUAGGGACUCUCCGUGAUCAUGAUGUGAGUUCUGUUCUGUCAUCAUGUGAGCCUGAGUUACAAGAGUUAAUGCGGCAGAUUGACAUCAUGGUGGGGCACAAGCGCCUUGAAUGGGAGGCUGAGGUGCGAGCCAUGGAGCAGCGGUUGCAGAAUACACAGGAGGAGCUCCAGUCAACCCAGACACUGCUCGACAAGAGGAACUCAGAGAUGCUUAAAGUGAGAUGUUUAAUGGUGACCCUGUUGGAGCUCCAGGAUGGUGGUUUCCGAAUGUUGAAGUUGGUAGUGGAAAAGGGAUUACAGCAGAUCCGGGUACUGGGAAAACAGCUAGAUGAGAUCCAAGCUGGAAAACAAGAGCUGGUUGUAAAAUAUGAAGACCAGCUUCAGCAUGUAAAAGAUGAGUUGUCCAAACUGAAGCGUAGUUAUGAGAAACUACAGCGUAAGCAUCUAAAGGAGGCGAGAGAAGGAGCUGUGAGCAGAGAAGAAGACAGGAGUGAGCUCUCCCGCCUCAACAGCAAGCUGGAGGAAUUUCAUCAGCGUUCAGCAGAGUGGGAACAGCAUAGACUACAGUAUCAAAGACAAGUGGCGUUACUGGAAGAUCAGAGGAAAAGCUUGGCUGAACAGUAUACCCUAAUUCAGUCUCAGGGUGUGGGUCGUACCCAGGAGCAGGGUGAACUGCAGCGGUUGCGCUCUCAGCUGCAGAAGGCUCAGGACCACCUCCAUACGCAGGAACUGGAACUGGAGAGGCUUCGCGUGCUCCAGUAUGAGCUGGGAGACUCCAUCAGGGAACAGAAGGUCAGCUGCCAUGCUGCAGCUUAUGUACCAGGACAGGUCUUUAAUGAGGAGCGGGAGGAGCUAAAGGCCACACUAGAUGCUCAGGAUCAGUUUGUACGUAGCUCAGGAGCUCAACAGCAGCAGCUGCGACGGGAGGUGAACCGACUCCAUCAAGCUGUGCAAGCAAAAGAGCAAGUCAUCAGGUCUCUGGAGGAAUGUGUAGCGUUACGUAGCUCAUCUCCAAACUUGGCCUCUCUAAGACAUGAUCUGGAGAAAGCCACAACCAUGUUGAAAAGUUCACAGACCAGUGAGAGCCACUUGAAAGCUGAAGUCAUCAGACUAAGAGACAAAUUGGAAAACGUGUCAAAACAUAAAGCAGAGAUGAACAGAAGAGAACAGGAGUGGAAACAGAUGGAGAAAAAACUCAGUCAUUAUACCUCUGAAAUCAAACGUCUCCGCGAAGAGCUUGAUAGGGCCGAACAGACUCGUUGUGGAGAGUUGGAGGGGAUGAGAAAGGAGGUUUCUCAGUUAACCAGUGAGCUUCAUCAACGUGACAUCACCAUUGCUACGCUCUCUGGCUCCGCCUCCAGUAUAGAGCGACAACUGCGGGCAGAAGUUGAUCGAGCAGAGCGCAGGACGUCUGAGCUCAAGGUGACACAGGUCCAGCUUGAAACUCUAAAGCUUGAAAAUCAGCAUCUGAAUGAUCUUCUUGAGAGAAUCGAGUCAAGAUCCCCCAAGAGGGGUGAUGGAAACCUAGCAGGUCUCAGAGAUAGUUACGUAUCAUCCCUAAACAGUUUGGAGGAGGAGAACAGGCAGCUCAGACAGGAAAUGACUGAGCUACAGGCUCGUAUGGAGGUCAGCAACCAGACGUGGCAGGAUAAGUACGAGAGAGUGCUACUACAAAAUCAGAGCCAUUCUCACAACAAUCACGACAGAUCAGAUGAAGAUGCACAGCACAGACACCAGGAGGAGCUGCAGGCCAUGGAGAUUCGUAUGCAGGAAAGAGCCUCGCAGUAUGAGGAACAAAUACAGACUCUCCUUAAACAGCUGGAGAACCUUUCACGAUCCUCCGUUCAUCACCCAGAUGGCCAAUCACAGGAGAGCGAGAGAGCAGUUUCCCCUGGCCACUCCGCAUCUUCUGGUUCUGGUUCUGGUUCAUCUUCAUCGUCAGCCCGUAAAGCCCAAAGGAUGACAGCUCUGGUCCGUGCGGCAGUUAAUGGAGAAGAAGCUCAGGCUUUCGGCUUGGUGGACAACCUCUUGCCUAUGGACUCUGGAUCUCCAACCGGUUCACUGGCCACAUGGUUUCUAGAAGAGGAGUCGAUGCGGUCUCAAGAGCUUCUUCAGAAGCUAGAUGCCCACAUUCAGAACAUGCAACAGGAAAAUGCCAGCACUGUCUGCAAGUACCUAGGCAAGGACAGUAAUCCUCCAUCAAUGGUCACCAAGUCUGAUGCUUGAAAGCUUGGAGAAAACUAGAGAUAGCUUGCAUUCCUUGUCAAGAUAAGAAGAGCAAGACACUUUCCCACGAUUGACCGUACAGUGUUUACGCCUUUAUCUUACAUUCCAAAGCCUGGCGAAACCUCCGGGGGUGCAGCGUGCCUCUAUUCCAACCCACAGUCUGUGUGUUUGUGUGCAUGAUUGUGCAUGGACAACGUUGUACAUCUAUGUCAUGAGAGCCGUUGAACACAGCAUAAAGCCUUGGUUUGCUAAGAUAUCAGACUGCUCCAGACACCCUCAGGAUUCUCAGAAUGUCCCACAGAGAGAUAUGAAAUGGGUCUUAUCAACUUGAUUUAGUGCGUAGGGAACAAUGCCAAGGAUCGUCUGAACAAAUCCUCCAAUCAGCCUGUGCCAUGGUCAAUUCAUUCUUGAUUCAUCUCCUUUGACCUGAAUAUUACACAUUUCCCCUUAUCAGUUUGUCCAUGGGGAAGUUGUUCAGUACCAACUGUGGCUCGCUCUUAUCUGAGUUCAGCAUUUAACACAGAUAGCGAGCACAUUCUGCUGUAUGUUUUGCAAAGCAGUCAAUAGAAGUCAACCAAUUUUAGCCACGUUUAAAAUGUCCAUUUAAAGUUUAUUUUAAGAUUCCUAUGGAAAAACAUCCUUCUUCCUGUUUUGGCCACUGGCCGAUUUGGUGCCACCCUGAGAUGCCACCUCACCCUGAUAGGCGUUUGAAGUGUGCCGGCACUUUCUCAUCCAGCAGCCAGAUGGAAACAAUCGCGACAUUGUGCGAUUGGUCAGAUAUCUGAUCUAAGUUCAGUGGAAACAGGCAGCGGCUUGUAUAUCUGCCUUGCAGUAUGUGUGAGGUAGGCGCCUGUACUUAAUGUGAAAAUGGCAGUGAGAUUGGUGUGUGGGACCUUGGAAAACUUAAAUAAAGCCACCACAAGGCCAGCAAGUUCAUCCCCUCAACAACUGACGUUGCAUUUGAAAUUGUCUUUUUUACAUUUAAAAACAUUUACUGAGGUUAUGUUCCCUUUGAAAUUAUAGGCUGUGAGUUCAAGUUACAAAGAAUGUGCAAAGUAAUAAAUUCUAAAGUAAUAAAUCAAUUCUGGAGAGCAAGACAACAGCUUUGCCACUUAUUUUGUUUGUUUUGCUUUAAAAAUAAAAGCUGAAUGUAUUUAUUUAAAAAUAAAUGUAUCUUUUGUUAGAAAUUUGGUACAAAAGGUAAAAAUCAUAACCUGUGUAUAACAUUGAAACGUCUUAAAUCGAUAAAUGUGCUUCUGUAUAGCUCAGUGGGUAGAGCAUUGUGUUAGCAGUGCUUAAGGUAAUGAGUUUGAACCCAUGCAGGAAACAGACAAAUAAAAAAAUAUGUGUGCCUUGUAACGCACUGUAAGUGGCUUUAGAUAAAAGCCAAAUGCGUAAACAUAAAUUUAAUUAAUAAUUUGUUAGUGAUGUUUCUCGUUUCUCAUCAGUAAUGAUUUUAAUGCAAUAAAUGUUAAUACUAUUUAUUCCACGUUGCUAAUGUUGCCUGAUUCUGUUUCAUAAAUCAAUCUGAAUGUUUUGCACAUACUUGCAAUAAACCUUGUGAAUGAUUCUGAA